UGUUGUUGUGGUUGUGAGGAGGAAGGAAGAACCCUGAGCUCGGACUGACAGCAACCGACAACGGGGAGGGGGGGGCGAGACAGCUGACACCGGGGACAUUAUCCCUCAGAGCCGCACGGUCCUGGGGUAAAAUGUAUUAAAGGAAAUAGUUUCCCAUCAGGCGGACAUUUUUGCAGGAGAAAUUCUGUGUGGUGGAGAGGCCUCAGGGAAGAGCAGUCAUCCACCAUUGCUUUCCAUAUCUGUCCUGGAUAAAACAUGGAUGAAGAAAGUCAAAGUAGUCUUGAGUGUAUCCAAGCAAAUCAGAUUUUUCCUCGCAAGCAGCUGAUCCGUGAAGAUGAAAAUCUUCAGGUUCCUUUCCAAGAGCUGCAUGGAGAGAGCACAGAAUUUGUGGGUCGAGCAGAGGAUGCCGUCAUUUCUCUCUCCAAUUAUCGUCUGAACAUCAAAUUUAAGGAGUCCUCUAACAAUGUUCCACUGCAGCUGAUAGAAUCUGUAGAAUGUCGUGAUCUCUUUCAGCUCCAUUUGACCUGCAAGGAUUGCAAAGUAAUUAGGUGUCAGUUUUUCAACUUUGAACAGGUUCAGGAAUGGCAGAAACGUCUCAAUGCUGCACUGCGUCCACCCAGUCGUAUAGAAGAUCUCUUCUCUUUUGCUUACCAUGCUUGGUGCAUGGAGGUUUAUGCCAGUGAAAAAGAGCAGCACGGAGACCUGUGUCGACCAGGUGAUCAUGUGAUCUCACGCUUCAAGAAUGAAGUGGAACGGAUGGGGUUCGACAUGGAUAAUGCUUGGAGAAUCUCUAACAUCAAUGAAAAAUUUAGACUGUGUUCUAGCUAUCCACAAGAACUGAUUGUUCCAGCAUGGAUAACAGACCCAGAACUGGAGAGCGUUGCCAGUUUUCGCGCUUGGAAACGUAUUCCCGCUGUGGUGUACAGGCACCAGAAUAACGGAGCUGUUAUUGCCCGCUGUGGACAGCCUGAGGUUAGUUGGUGGGGAUGGAGGAAUGCAGAUGAUGAGAACCUUGUUCAAUCCAUAGCCAAGUCCUGUGCAAUUGACAGUAGUAGAAGCAGUUCAGGGAAAUUGUCCAACGGCUCGUGUUCUCGUAGCCAUAUGAAUGGAGGAGUGCUUACUGAUAUUGAUUUUGAUUCCUCCUUGUCUAAUGUACCUCCAUCUUCUGAGAGCCAGCCUCAAAAGCUAUUAAUUCUUGAUGCGCGGUCUUAUGCUGCUGCAGUGGCUAACCGUGCCAAAGGUGGAGGCUGUGAAUGCCCUGAGUAUUAUCCGAACUGUGAAGUUGUGUUUAUGGGAAUGGCUAAUAUACACUCUAUCCGCAAGAGCUUCCAGUCCUUACGGCUCCUAUGCACUCAGAUGCCAGACCCAGCUAAUUGGCUGUCUGCCCUGGAAGGAACAAAGUGGCUACAACACCUCUCUAUGCUGCUGAAGUCCUCUUUGCUGGUAGUGCAUGCGUUGGAUCGUGAUCAGCGACCUGUUCUUGUGCACUGCUCAGACGGAUGGGACCGCACUCCACAAAUUGUUGCUCUCUCCAAGCUCCUGUUGGAUCCGUAUUACAGGAGCAUUGAGGGUUUCCAAGUUUUGGUGGAGACAGAGUGGUUGGACUUUGGGCACAAGUUUGCCGAUCGUUGUGGGCAUGGGGAAAACUCUGAAGACCUGAAUGAGCGCUGUCCGGUCUUCCUGCAGUGGCUAGACUGUGUUCACCAGUUACAGAGACAAUUUCCUUGUUCCUUUGAGUUCAAUGAGGCUUUCCUGGUGAAAUUGGUGCAGCACACUUACUCCUGUUUGUUUGGGACAUUUCUUUGUAAUAACGCCAAGGAAAGAAGUGAAAAACACAUUCAGGAGCGGACAUGCUCAGUUUGGUCACUGCUAAGAGCUGGGAACCGUUCCUUCAAGAACUUGCUGUAUUCCUCUCAAUCAGAAAGUGUGCUGUAUCCUGUGUGCCACGUUCGCAAUCUAAUGUUGUGGAGUGCGGUCUACCUCCCAGGCUCUUCCCCAUCCACACCUAGUGAAGAAUCCUGUACCCCAUACCCAGCACCUGGAUCCGCUGGGGAGGAGCCACCUCUGUGCAGGUUACCCAAGACUCGAUCCUAUGAUGAUCUCCCAACUGCUUGUGACAUAAGUGUACCCUGUGUGAAUAGGCGCAGCAGUGACCCCAGUCUAAAUGAGAAGUGGCAGGAGCAUCGGCGCUCUUUGGAACUGAAUGGCUUGGCAAAUUCUGCAGAAGAGUGCCAAGAAGGAGAGCGACUACUACCGGGGGCUCAGCUAUCCAUGGCAGCUGGCGUUGGCGAAGGGCAAAUAGAAAACAUACUGCAAGAAGCCAGCAAAGAGGAGGGGGGUGGAGAAGAGCAGAAUGCAAAAUUUGUUAAUGGGGAAAAAGAGGCUAAGGUUGAACAAACUGAAAAAACACGGGACCCUGAAAAAACUGUGGGAGACGAGGAGGAGGAAUCUUCUAUGAAUAGUAGUGCAUCGAAGAGUGACAACGCAGGGAAAACCAAUGGAGAAGAGGAAGACACAAACCCUGCCGUUGGACAGUUAUGUACACAUUUAGACCAAGCACCUUUCGAAGCUGAUAUUUCCAACCAGUCUGAAGAAAAGGAAGUCUCUGUCAUGGUGUGUGAGGGGGAAGUGAGUCAGGUUAUUAGAGAACAGUGUUCUGAUGCCUCUGAGCUAGAGGAAAGUGAAAAGCAUGAUUUGGACUUAUUAAACGGGGAAAUUCAAUGCUGUCCAGGUUCUGAAUUCUCACAGAAACUGUCACCACAUCUUGUCCUUGAAGGCUCAACAGAAACUUUGGUCGAUGAUCAUUCAGAAUCAUGGCCAUGCAAACUAGACCAUGUGACGGCAGCAAAUGAACUUUCACUGAAAUCCGAGCAUGUGUCAGAUGAGGGCAUAAUUAUGACUGGUUUGAAAGGGUUUCAAAACCAUAAUGAAAGGACGCAUUCUUCUUAUCCCCAUAUUCAUAGUGCCUUUCCCCCUACUGAAUGCAACACACAAAAUGUGUGCAAUAGGGACCAAUCUUCCCCUCCCGUUGUUGUUGAUGGACCAUGUCUUAGUGUGGACAAUCGUCGGGGGAAGCAGAUACUCUCAAGGCAGAACUCUAGUUCAAACAACCCCCAGGUUAAUCUCAGAAACUUCCUACACAAGUGCCCCCUGCACAGUUGUGGAAGACACCGGAUUGGGAGUUCCCCAGAGCAGCCAGCCCGCAAUCAUCUGGAUGACGAUGGGAUGCCUUUGUAUGUGGAUGCCAUCCAGCAGAGAUUGAGGCAGAUGGAAAGUGGUCAUCAGCAGGAAGUGGAAACUUUAAAAAAGCAAGUGCAAGAGCUGCGCUGUCGACUUGAAAGCCAUUUGCAUAACGGCCCUCUACGUUUCAGUGGAGAUUUUACAGAUGAGGUGACCUCCAUUCCUGACUCAGAAAGCAACAGAGACCCUAGCUGUUUGUCAGGCUGCAGUACAGAACUCUUCUCAGAAGCCAGCUGGGAGCAGGUGGACAAGCGGGACACAGAGGUGACAAGAUGGCUUCCAGACCAUUUAGCAGCUAACUGUUACAACUGUGAUGGCAAGUUCUGGUUGGCGAGCAGAAAACACCAUUGUAGGAAUGCAGGAGCCGGUGCCGAAACGUGGAAUUGUGGAAAUGUUUUCUGUUCGAGCUGCUGCAACCAGAAGGUUCCUGUUCCAAGUCAGCAACUGUUUGAGCCCAACCGUGUGUGCAAGUCCUGUUACAACAAUCUUCACUCCAGCAUGGAACUGGACAACCCAAUCACAGCUUCUUCUAACUAGGCAAUCAUCCUUCCAGAUUGGUAGAGCAAGAAGACAGAUGACCUCUCCGAAUCUGUUGGAAGAACAAGCUAUUGAAGAUGGAAUACUAAGACAAAGCCAUCUUCUUUUUCUAUUGACUGUUCUCUUUUUUUUUUUAUUUCUGCAUACUACAUACUUUAUUUUCUGUCUUAUGUAGGAGCAGCGUUUGUGCUUGGUGGGGUGAGACAUCACGGAAUCUGCGCUUUCAUAUCUGCUUUGAAAGCUGCAGGAGCUCAGUGUAUAUGAAAGGACAGUUGAGGCCUCUGUUAACACCAUGGGUAAUAUGUAACAUGAACCCAAUAGGGGGCAUGCAGUUAUGCAUAUUGUGAAGGAAUGUCACACUAAGUAUGAUACCAAGGUGCCCAAAUCUUUUAUUAAAUGUAUCUCUACUUAGCCACAAGAUGCUGAUUCAGUAAGGAGAAGAGCCUGAAAUUGCAUCUGUGUCAAGGUAUUCUCCAUCUGUCAGUAUAGUUCUAGCCUAACCCCAGUCUGUGAUGUCUAGUUCAGGCCUCUGUUUGUCAGGCUCUGGGAAGCAGUACUAGGCUCAUAUGUAACUGUAUGUACUGUAGACAUUGUAUGACAAAUACAAUUGACCAAGCUUAU